AGCGGAGAGACGCUCAUGGCCGCCAUCAGCUUCCAUUUCCCUCCUGCCGUCCGCAGCAGCAAGCAGAGGUAGGUCCGUCACCGGAGAAGCAGAGUAGAGCUUCAAAGAAUGUCAGCUUCGAUCGGUUCCGAUUUGAUAAGAAGCCUGCAGUCGGAGAUCGUCUCUCUCCACAACAGAGUCAAGGAACUGGAAGAGGAGAACGCUAAGCUCUCAACUCGACUCUCAGAAUGUUGCUGUGAAAAGACGAGAAGCAAUUCGAAUUCUGUUGCCAAUGGGGGGAAUUCGGUCUAUGAGAAUGGAGCACAGAUCAGGAAGAGUAAUAAGACCAAGAAGAAGAAAGAAUAUAUUGCAGGGACCAUCGAACACCUUCCCAAAAGAUAUGUUGCUUUGCGAGUCUUGUAUUUUGGGCAGAGGUUUUAUGGGUUUGCUUCUGAGGCACAAUUGGAUCCAACUGUUGAGUCAGAGCUUUUUAAAGCUCUUGAAAAAACGAGACUUCUAGUUGGUGACAGGAAGAAGUCACAGUACUCAAGAUGUGGCAGAACAGACAAAGGAGUUUCUGCAGUUGGGCAAGUGAUUGCCUUGUUUCUGAGAUCAAACCUGAAGGAAACAAAUGAAAAUGAUAAUAUGCCCUGUGAGUUUGGCCAGCGGCAAGAUGGUGAAAUUGAUUAUGUGAGAGUAUUAAAUCGAGCCUUACCAAAAGAUAUUCGAGUGACGGGCUGGUGUCCUGUUCCAGUUGGUUUCAGUGCCAGGUUUAGCUGCUUGAGCAGGGAGUACAAAUAUUUCUUUUGGAGGGAUGAUCUGAAUAUCUCGGCAAUGGAGCAUGCAGGAAAGAAAUUUAUUGGGGAGCAUGACUUCAGAAACUUUUGCAAGAUGGAUGCAGCAAAUGUUCACCAUUACAGGCGUCAUAUUUCAUCGUUUGAGCUUAUACCUUGCAAUAAGAGCUUCGAUGGAAAUCAGCUCUGGGUAAUUAAAGUUACUGGUAGUGCGUUCCUGUGGCACCAAGUCCGCUGCAUGGUUGCUGUGCUCUUUAUGGUUGGUCAAGGCCUUGAAUCCCCACAGAUAUUAGAAUUCUUACUCGACACUGACAGAACACAGAGAAAACCACAGUAUGCCAUGGCCUCAGAGAUUCCUUUAGUUCUGCAAUCUUGUCAAUUCGAAGGCCUCACAUUUACCUGUUCUUCAGAUGCUUUUCAAGCAUUGCGUAUACACUUAGAGAAUGAAUGUCGAGCCUAUGAACUCCAAGCAGCAAUGUACCAUGAGGCUCUACUUAAUUUGCUUCCUGAACAUGUUUUUUCAGAUCGGACUUCAUUGAGCAGUGGAACCAGUAAAAAGGUUGCUUCACAUGUUCCUCUCAUCUCACGCCCUACAGAGCCAUCUUAUGAAGAACGGCGCGCUAAAUUGAACCCGAGACAGGAACUCUGAGGCUCUAUCACAUAUUAGAUAGUCCGAGUAUCUAAACAGGGAUUUUAGAAAUGUUGUUGUAACUACUAUAUGUAUAUAAUCUUUCAUUGAAUUGAGGCCACUGUGUUGGUGAAGUUAUAUCAUUCUCUGGAAAAUAAGAGAUAAUCAUCUGUUCCAUCAUGACCUGUUGUUCUAGUGCAGUAGUUUUGGGUGGGAUCGCCGCGGAGUUGAUGGGACGCAAUUGAAAAUGGUGAACUUCCCAGGUUUGAUUAUGGAGAGUGCAACAGUCAGCCACCGGUAUUAACCCGAUGUAUAUGAUUGAUAUUCGAGGAAGGUGAAGAUGCACAUGGGUUGCCAUGAUUUGUUCAAUGGCGCGGUUUUGAUUUCUGGUGGUCCGGCCCCACUGGUUAUUGACAAUCUAGCAAAAGUGAUGUCCAAACCUUUUUCUGGCUAUUAUUAUUGGUGUGUGCAGUGCCUUCGACUCUACUCACUGCAAAGAGCACACUGAGAUUAUUGUAUGGACAUGGUCCAUUCAUUCCAUUGGAAGCCCGAAAUACCGUGAUUUUAUCUGCCAA